CAAUCAUCUGAGGGCCAUGUCGAAUCCCGGCGACUCGGGCGAUCCUAGUUUGAUACUUUGGGUGAUUGGCUUUGUACUCCUUGCCUUUGGGCACGUGCAGGGAACAAAGUGGCACCUGCAGGCUGGCCUUUGGCAAUGGGCAUGCCAAGGCUCCCCAAAUUCCGGGCCCCAAAAGCUUGAGGUAGAUCGCCGUGAGCAACGAUUCCAGGUGGAAUUGAUGCAAGCUCGGGUGCAAAAUUUAAAGCAUGCCCAUGCAGUGUCCCUUCAAUUUACCUUCUUCUGUACCUUGGCCGAGAUCUGGAUGUUGUGUCACGAACCCAGUCUCGCUGCCGUUUGCCAGCUUUUGGCAACUGUACUGGCCUAUUGCCUGCAUCUCUUUUGUUAUGACAUAGUGCACACAGAAGACCAGUUUCGCAAAUUCCAAGGGCUUGUCAUUUUCACUCAUUCCAUAUUGGCUGCAGCAGUUGCAUUUGAAAGGGACUUAGUGGUCUUUGAUUUGGCUGAGAAAAUGGCUACCAUCAGUCUUAUCUGCAGCAGUGUGGUUCUGAUUGACUUGAAGGCGAUCUUGCUUUUCUACACGUGUCAAUCAGCAGUGCUGACUUGGUGUCGAUGGAAUUUAAUCGGCGUGGGCAAUAUCACACCCUUUGUCGUCUUUGCAUCCAUUGCUACCAGCGUGUUUUUUGGUGCAGUCAUAUUCCUUUGCGUGCACCAAAUCCGGUCCAGCAUGGCAGCCAAACUGGAUUCUGGUGAUGCAUCCGCGUUGAUGCUGGGCUUCCGUCAAGUCCUGCGGGGAGUCUGUGAUGGUGAUGUCGUUUUGGACCGUCGCACCAUGACCAUUGUGGAUGAUGCCACCUGCUUGCAACGUGUUUUGAAAUGCAGCAAGAACUUGAACAGGAGCAAUUUCCUAGAUCUCUUCCUUGACACUGAGAGCCGUGAGAAGUUCCAAGAAUUUCUGGUUCAAGAAACACAGGAGGAAGCUGUGGAAGGCCUGCCCCGAGGCUUGCGAGUGUCACUGCAAGGGGCACGAGGUGCCGUUUCGAUGGACCUUUUUUGUACCACACUCCCUCGCGGUGGAGAUGGUUCUUUUAUCGGAGCUUCUAGUGACUACUGCUUGUUAGCCAUGAAGGAGGACCCGGAACAAAGCCUUCCAGAAGCUGCGCCUGAAGCUCAACCAGUUUCUGUUCCUGCCGUUCCAAAACCUUCGUCCGCGAGGAGCAGUGGUAGUGUGUCAGAGGUGGUGGUGGCCUAUGAUGAUCUGUUGGAAAUUGCUUUGCUGGUCAGUGAUGCCACGGGUUUCCUGGAUAUCUGUGAGGUGCACUUAUCAUUUCAGCGCCAGUCAGAGGUGUCCAAUAUCGAGUCCGGGAUGCCCACCUUGAGAAAAUUCAUUCGGGCCAGCGACUGGGACCGGAUUGAGAGGAUGUUCGAAAUUGUGACCAACCUUCCCCCGGAGGAUCAGCAGCAACGCUGCUACUUCCGACGUCCCACCCUCUUUCGCAUACCUGGCGAAUCCAGAAGCUAUGUCUGUGCUAGGUCAACCUCCUUGCGUUUGGCCGACCAAUGUAUCACACCAGGAAGACCAAGCCAUUUUUGGAUGCAUUUGACACAAUUUGAUUCAAGUCGAGUUCAGCGUCCCCGUGAUCAGGAACUUGAGGGUAUUGUAGAAGAGUAAGCCAUGGGCCAUCACCAGUUUCUUCAAAACAAGAGACCGGUGUACAACUGUACAGCAGCUUGGAUUUGCUGAAGAAUGCUG